AUGGAAGUGAGCCAGAAGCUGCCAUACUACUCACAAGAGAUGCCUCAUUUGAUCAGGGAUGUAUCGCGCCAGUACCGCAAGUUCGGCCUCCGACACAAGUGCCUCCUCUGUGGCUUCGUCACGGACUCCUCCGGCGACAUCGACGCCCAUGCUCAGGCACAUCAUGUCAAGCCAUCCUUUUUAUUCAUUCGUUUGGAACCAUUCUGGGAGUGCCUGGUAUGCAAGCACACCUUAAGCUCUGCACCGGGUAUGGCCAAUCACAUGCUCAAGCACAUGGGCGAGAGGCCGUACAAGUGUCACCUAUGUCCCUAUAAGAGUACUCGUCGAAAUAAACUGAAUGAUCACAUCCCAUCUCUUCAUCCCACAGCGAUCAAGGUUGGCAUUCCAGCUGGCCCCGGCAAAAGACAAGAUGCUACCUUGUGCCAUGUACCAGGUUGCUGUCUGCGUCCCAGUUCCUGGGACAUGUGCAGCUCGGGAACUGUGGUCAUGUCGGUCCGCUGCACCUUCUUGACACGGCAUUUGCUCCGGGAAGAGGAGGUGCGGCUAAGUCGGUUGGAGAAAGAGGUCACAGCGUCAUCGUCGCUGUUCACUGUCAUGGGAAAGUUGCGCCAUUGCAAGCUGUGCGCAUACUCCACAGUGAGCUCCUCUAACAUGGCGGUGCACCUGCGGAUGAGGGAAGCCACUGCCCCAUCAAUGUUCACUGUUGUGGACAAGGUGCGCCUGUGCAGCCUGUGUAGCUACGCAACCAAGAGCUCCUACAACAUGGCUGUACACUUGCGGACUCACACGGGCGAGAAGCCGCACCAGUGUCCGCACUGUCAACGCUCUUCUCCUUCGUGGUCUCAACAGUUGUCCCGUGCGCUUGUGUCUGUACGUGGCCGAGUGCGGUCUUGCCGUCUGUGCAACUACACGACCACAGCCAGCUCGAGCAUGACGACGCACGUGCGCACACACACGGGCGAGCGCCCCUUCCGGUGCCACCUGUGCCCAAGUGCAUUCGCCCAAAGUGCCAACCUCAAGCGACACGUGCGCACCCACACGGGGGAGCGUCCCUUUGUCUGCGUGCACUGCGACGCGUCCUUCACGCAAAAAUCGGACCUCUAUAGCCACAUGCGCCUGCACACUGGAGAGAAGCCAUUCAGGUGUUGCCGAUGCUACCGCCUGUUCCGAACCCAGUCUCAGCGGGCCUGCCACUCGAAAGAGUGCACCGGCGUCCCUGUCAGACAUUCACAGCCGAAUGCGCAAGCUCCACAAGACCAAGAGCCGGUGCUUAAUCCGAAUCCAGAGCUAGAGCUGCUAGAGCUUCCAGAGCAAGUACUUUCUAAUGACCUGCCACUGCAGAUGUACUCACCCCAUUCUGUCGACCAGGAGACUCCUCAGUCGGAGCCGGAGUCGCCACCACAGUCGCCCUCUUCACUUUUGCCAACAUUGUAGCAUCUGCGUUCGGCAAUGCCGAGAUGAUAAUGCCGACAGGUCUGGGUACGAUGUAUUAAUCCUUCGUUGUUUUUAAAGAUGUAUGUGUAACGAAAUAGCAUUUCUUUUUAAUUUGCUGCCAUUGAGGUGAAUUGGCCUGUGCAGAGCAUUAUGUCUAUGCUUGAAUGGAAUGCAGCUGAGUGGCAUACUGGAAGUUCUCCAAGCUGCACAUAUAUAAUAGUUUUUUUUUUUUUUUUGAAGUGUCACAACUUAGUUUUAAGAGUUCUUGAUGCAGAUUUUUUCUACUUUUAUGAAAAAUCAUGUGUCAGUCGUCGACAGGUAUGGAAAUGCAUUUGUAGCGUUUUUUUGUUAAAAUGAUGUGUUGACCGGUCUUGCGGAAGCAAACGUCAGAAAGAAAAGGCUGAAGGUCAGGUUACUAAAUACUUCAUUAAGUCAUAUAUUUGCUACGGGAAUCGCUUGGUGCUAGCUACUCUCACCACAUACUACUUAAAUGUCCAAGUAAUCACUUGUUGAAAUCUACCGUAUAAUGCGGAAUAUAGGUCGAGGCGGAAUAUAGGUCGACCCCCUUACCUUGACCAGCAAAAAAAAAAAAGAAAAACGCGGAAUCGUUCACUGCUUCACUUUAGUCAGUCCUCACAGUCCUCCGAGCUGUCGGAGCUCUCCGACGACGACGACUGCUUGUCACUAGCCGCCUCCCACAGCAUGUCGUCCUCGGUGCCGUCGAGAGCGUUGCUGAUGCAGCACUUCUUGAAUGCGCGCACCACCAUCUCUUCAGGCAGAGACCUCCAUGCCUCGGAGACCCAACCACAAACUGUCGCGAGAGGUGGCCUGCGCAGCCGGCCUGUCGGGGUCCGCGGGUUGUCGCCAGCCAUCCAUUCGGUGUACAGCGCACGCACACGGUCUUUAAAAGGUUUAUUGAGGACGACGUCCAACGGUUGAAGUGUUGAUGUCAUUCCUCCCGGAAUGACGACAAGAUCCGUCCUUCCGUCGCGAAGGCUCUCCUUCACCGAUGCUGUCAAAUGCCCGCGAAAUGCAUCCAACACGAGCAUGUUCCGGCGCUGCAGGAGGGCUCCGGGCCGCCGGUUCCACACUGUGCGGAUCCAUUCGCGCAUUAGGGCCUCGUCCAUAUACCCCUUCUCGUUGACGCGGACGACGACAUCCCGCGGGAAGGCCUCCUUCGGCAUCGUCUUCCGCUUGAAGAUUAUGAAGGGGGGCAACUUUCUGCCGUCGGCCGUGCAGCAAAGCAUAACGGUGAAGCGCGAAUGCUCGCUACCGGUCGACAAAAGCCUCACCUCUUUUGCCCCGCGUUCACAAACAGUCGUGGACGACGGCAUGUCAAACCACACCGGCGUUUCGUCGGCGUUGCCGAUCUGGCCUAGCAUGUAGCCAUGCUGCCGCCGGAGGUUGUUCACAUAGAGUUGAAACUCUAUCAAUUUGUCCUCGUACAUCUCCGGCAGCUUCUGGCAUAUCGACGUGCGCCGUCGAAGCGCAAAUCCUUUGCGUCGCAUAAAGCGACGGACCCAAUAAAUGGAUCCCUUGAAGUCUUUCUUUGACAGGCCGGCUUCACGGGCGAGCUCGACGGCUUUUGAGCGAAUGAGCUCCGCAUUCACGGGAAGGGAUUUGGCACGGUACUCGCGGACGAAAUCCGCCACUUUGUCCUCGAGUUCCGGGUGCACAGCUCGGCGACCGCGAAACGACGUCUUCCUCGCGUUACACACUGACAGUUUGGAUUUUUGGUUGCGCCAGUAUCUGACGCUUUUCUCGGACACUCCAAACUGCCGCUGUGCCGCCAUGUUGCCAUUCACUUCCGCGAAUUCUAUAACUUUUCUUUUAAACGCGGCGGUGAACUGGCGCCGCGUCCCGGUAUUCAUAGCUGGUCGCAGAGUAAAAGUCGCCACUCUCUACGAACACGAAAUGAACAAGAAAAGAAAAAUGGCGUCGGCAGAGGCGUCGGCCCAUGGAGGCGAUGUCGAUGCUGAUGCCCAAAAAACAUGCGACACUCCCUGUUGCCAGACGAUCACUUUGUUUAUGCCAAGGGCCGGUAUAUAGGUCGAGGGGUGACUUUUUAGCGAAAUUUUUUGGAAAAAAUCUCGACCUAUAUUCCGCACUAUACGGUACCUCUAGUUUUUAUAGCAUUGCAAUGUGUGUUCGUCGCAUUAGUGCUUUCACGUUUUCAGACUGGAGCUGCUGUACGGAAGGCGACGCCUUUUAUACGUGCCUUCCGCCUGCUUUCCUGCCAUUAUCCGUGCAUCUUGUGGACUCUUCAGGGCAUAUGUCGCACAGCAUUUAUAAAUGUACUGAUGUGCUAUAGCAUAAGGGGACGUUUUGCCUUACAAUCAUCUAGUGCAAGUUGUAUAUAGGAGGUGGUUAGCUUGAAGCGAGCACACUACGCACUUUCAUGUAGGCACGGCUAAUAUUUGUGUUGCGGGGCACAUACCCUUGCAAUUCAUAUGACAGUUCUUUCCAAAUAAAACAACGCUUUAGAAAAUCACCUGGCGCUAAAGGAACAGUGUGAGAGUGCCCACUGACACACUUCUUGUUGGUUUUGAAACACCAUAUACUGUCUAUUCGGCUCGAUGGUAACUGCUACCUGUAAUACAAACGAGAUGUGCAGGAACGUAAUGCAUGGACUUUUUUUUUUCUUGAAAUCACUGGGGAAACCCACGAGAUUCACAGGUAAAACUAGAUAUUUUGUCAUGGUGACAUUACAAAUGUGUAAUUACUAGUAGCGAUUAAUUGAUUGAUUGAUUUGUGGGGUUUAACGUCCCAAAACCACCAUAUGAUUAUGAGAGACGCCGUAGUGGAGGGCUCCGGAAAUUUUGACCACCUGGGGUUCUUUAACGUGCACCCUAGUAGCGAUUAACAAAACAGGCUUAAGGACACUGAUUACUUGUUUCCUUUCACCAUUUCAAGAACCCAAGUAACUAUGGUCAACAAAUUGUCAGGUUCUCUGCUUUUGGUGGUUGUUUCUUGUGAGUAUGCAUGUCAUCUACUUAUGUUCUGUUUAAUGAAUGGCCUGUCUACAAAAUCAGUUAUGUGAAAAAAAGUGAAUACCUCCGGUAAAAUUCAGUCUUAAGCAGAAUUCUGGAAAUACAGCUUGUCCAGAGCAUGCCUACAUAAAGUUUCUGUUUACCGAUAUUAGUUCAUUAGUCAUAUAAUAUUGAUUGGUCGUCCUUCUAAAUUCAUGUGAGAUGUAUGCCUGUGUCUUUUAAUUUUUCAUUUAUUUCAUUUCAUUUAUUUACUCUCUAAGCCGUAAGGCGUUACAGAGAGGAGGGGUACAAUAUUAAACAAUCAAGAGAAAAGACAACAGCGGAGUGGUUACAAAAAGUGUUUGCUGACGGUGGACCUGAAGUGCGCAGCGUCGCUGAUGGAGACGAUGGAGGCUGGAAGGCGAUUCCACUGCACGCUGGUCGUUGGGACAAACGAGUUCAGAUAGAGGUUUGUUCGGGAGUUUGGCACACCAACUUUUAACGGAUGAUCAAUGCGGGAUGACACGUAUGAUGGAACUGAAAAAAGGGAUUGUUUUAAGGUCUGAUUGGUGUAAAAUAUUUUAUGGAAAACACAUAGGCGGGAUAUCAUACGACGGGUUGCAAGAUCAGGUAGUUGUACUACUUGUUUCAUGUUAGUGACACUGGAUGACCGAGAAUAAUCAGAGAGAAUGAAACGAGCGGCCCGAUUUUGGAUAGCUUCAAGUGUGGAGACAAGAUUGGCAGAAUGUGGAUCCCAUACAGAAGAGGCAUAUUCAAUCUUCGGUCGUACAAGGGUUUUGUAAAGCUGCAGUUUUAAUGAAGUGGGAGCUCGAGAGAAAUUUUGUCCAAGGAAGCCGAGCAUGCGGUUCGCAUUAUUGCUAAUAUAUUCAAUGUGCGAGUCCCACGAAAGGUUAUCUGAAAUCCGAACGCCCAGGUAUUUGUAGGUGGUAACCGAUAAUAGAGGGGAGCCAUUCAGGAAAUAUGUGUUUACAGGGGUGUGCUUGAUUGUUCGAGUUAGCCUCAUAUAUUUGCACUUGUCGACGUUUAGUUUCAUUAGCCAGGUGUUGCACCAGGCUGAAAUUGUGUUAAGGUUGGUUUGAAGUUGUGAGGGAUCAGAAGGUUCGCAUAUAUUUCUAUAUAUAGCACAAUCGUCAGCGAAAAGACGUAUUGAUGAGGUUAUGGUAUCAGGAAGAUUAUUAAUAUAAAUUAGGAAGAGAAUUAAUGUGUGAAAAUCGGUAAUAUCAAAUUGGCUAUGCUUGCAUGUGCUCAUGUUGAGCAUGUUGAAUGCACUGAAAUGUGCUACCUGAAGAACUUUGUGAAACUAGGCAUAUCCACACUGCAAUCAAUCACACGCUAGGCCAACAUUGACUACUAUUAAAGGUCACAGCUAUUUGUACCAUAUUCACUUGCAUCUCAGUUUAGCAGCUUAGCUUUAAACUUGCACCCCAAAAAAAAUGAAGUUUUUAGAAGGGGGAAACAUUCGACUCUGAGCCUGAUGUGGAUUUUGCACUUAUGACGUGCGAUACCAUUUCGCCUUGCUUUUUCUAUGUGUCUGCAGUUUGAAUCAAUGAUUUCAGAUUACUGCACCCGGUUUUCAGGAUCCUGCUUUCACGACUCUUCCUAGUCUGCCGCUGUUCUUGUACUAAAUGCAUCCGAUGCAACUAGUUCUCUUUACUCUUUACUAAACAACCUUUUUAAGUGUUCAUUUGUUACAGCGUCCCUGUCAACUAUUAUUUUAUUGGUUGUUAAAUGCCUGGCAUGGAGUGGCUGCUAUCGCAGGAUCAAAUCCGAGCCACCACAGCAGUGUUUCAAUGAAGCCGAGACGCUAGAGGCCCGUGCGCUUAGAUUUCGGUGCACAUUAAAGAACCUCAGGUGGUCUAAAGUUCCGCAGCCCUCCACUACAACAUUCCUCACAGUCAUGUUUUUGUUGUGGGGUGUGAAGUCCCAGCAAUUAUUAAUAGAGAACUUGCAAUUAAUUCUCACCUUAGCCAUAUUAAACUCUUUUAGCUCUUUGAAAAUCAAGUUCUCGAAUCGCACUCACACCAUUAUUUUUGUUUCAUCAUUUUGUAAGAAAUUACAUCAGCCUGAAUAGGAGUAAACCCAGUAAGUGUGAGAAUUGGACAAGUACAUGACACGUUUUUGCAUUCCCCCUUUUUUGUUUGUUUUUUGCAUUAUGCAUAGCAUAUGUAACAUAACAGUUAACAUGUAUUACUCAUGCAAGGGCCAUUUUAGGGGUGUUGCAUGACACACUCUCGCAGCUUAAAUUUGACACUGAGCUGUGAUGGCUAACUGUUCUGUAUGUUUGUGAUGUGUGCUGUAAACACCUUUACUUUUUUUUAUCGGUGCGUUAGAAGAGCGAUUGUUGGAGUUGUGCAUGUUUUAGCGGUAGCACAGAGCCCCUUUUGGGCUACACCAUUGUUGUUGGCUUAUAAAAAUGUUUUGCCAUGCUUGCCGUGUGAACAUUGACUGAAAUCGUGCCUUGUGUACCGCUGUGCCUUUAGGCCUCCUGUAGGCAUGCAUGACGCGCUAAAAUAGUGCCCUUCAUAGUCUCACGGCUGAUGCAUAGAUGUUGUGGAGUUCAAGGUAAAUGAUAUCUUUCAUCUGGUAUCGGGAGGCCUUUUGCCACAGUUGUCCGAAGAAGAUUUUUCAGCUGCCUUUUGCGACUGAAUAGUUUUUAUAGUGACUCAAGCUGCAAAUGGACGGUGAUUUGCUCACCUUUGUUGUUCGCCUGAAGUUUUUUCAUCCUGAUUGCUUAUCAUAUGCCUGCUUAGCAGAAUGACUGGGCAUUUCUAGCUCGACUUUGAGCCAUUCAACUAAAAAUGAACCAGCGCAAAAUAACUAAUAUAUAGAGAAUGCUGAAAAGUGCAUGCUUACUUUAAAAAAAGUAAUAGACAGUACCUUGAAGUUGACCUUCAAUUAGUUGAAAGUACGCUUAUCUAGCACAAUGAAUUGUCAGUAAAAAAACUUUCAUAAGUUGCCUGUGGCUUUUUAGGGUGCAGAUCCUCUAGAUCUGGGUUUCCCAAUGAGGUGGGCAUUAUGUGCACAAGCAAUCACAGUGCAUAUUGAAAGUGUAGUUUUCAAUUUAAAAACUUAGUUAUUUACCCAUUCAUAGCACAUACAGCAAUUUAUGAAUUGAUGCCAAUAAGUUGUUUAGGCAAGAAAACUGUGCGGAAAUUUCGAUAUUAGCGCCAGCUCUGAAAUAAGUUCUGUUACAUUUGUGACUGCCUACACUCAAAAGGUUCUGCAGAACCCCUAUAAUGUUUUAGCACCUGCAAUGGGUUUUGUAUACCUGUAGGGCCACUGGAACAAAAAACUAUUAUGUUAUAUUGGUGGGCUUUCAUUGUUGAAGGUUAACUGCGGGGUCAUCAAGAGCGAUGUCUUAGCCCUAUUGCAGCUUGCUUUUUUCUUCACUAGGCUUCGGCUUAGUAUGCACGUGUAUAUUAUGCACCUAUAUUCGCUAUGAAUGGUGUCGGCCACGAGUGAACAAAUUUUGACUUGUUUCUGUGCAAGCAAGCUGUUUAUUUGUGAGAAACGAACGGAGAAAUACAGCUGUCAAAUACUAAUUGUCAAUAGUCUAUAAAUGUACUGUCAGUACUCAUCAGCAUUGUCAUUUUAGCUAGCUGUUUUUCUUGGUAACGUGUGUUUUUACAUUUAUUUAGUGGGAUUUUGUGUAAAUGAAAUGAGUCCGAAAAAUUGCAGCUACUGCAUAGAAAGUAAGUGCUGUUUGAAUGCCAGGAACAUUUGCAUGAUAUAUCUAUGUAUUUCCUAUUUUGUGUCGGGUCACAGUCGAGGAUUCGAUUUUUUGAAGCAAAUUUAUUUGUUUUUAUUUACUAUUUCGGUUUUUAUACUGUUACUUAUUAGUUGUCAUUACUGUUGUACUCCAAUACAUAUCUUCAUUCAUUUUCUGUGUUUUACUGUUUGAGGAGAUUUUUUUUUCGUGCAUCAUUUCACUGACUUUUGUCCAUAAUCAUAGUCUAAGGACACUAUAAAUGUAUGUAUUUCUUUUUUUGUUUUGUAGAAACCACCAAAUGUUUCAUUCUGGCCACUUUUGUAUACAGCUUUGCGUUGACACCAAGUGUUAGCAUUUCUGUAGUCAUGUACUUUUUUAAAAGGCAGUGGUGUUUCGACCUUAAAGGCGGAUGCACACAAGCCUGAAACAGUGUGCACGCCGAUCCAGAUUGACAUUGUAAGUUUGACGGUCAGUGAAUUUGUGGUCAGAAACCAUCAUCUAGUACAGGGGUCGGCAAUCUUUUCUGCCAAGAGGGCCACUUCACAUGAAGCCAGCACAGCCGGGGCUAGACGGCAGACUUGUGCGAGGAGGGGCGAGGUUGGCGAACUUAUUGUACGGCAAAUGGAAUAGAAAUCAUUGCUAUUUUUUGUGCGUAUGGCUUAAGGUUGCAAUUUAUAAACAGUUUAGAAGUGAAAAUACCACCUCAAAUAAAGAAUGCCAUGUAGGCCUCCAGAUAUGAAGUGUCAAGGAGAGGAUGACUAGGGUCUGGUUUUACCGACCAGUUUUAGCCCUGCUCGGCCAGUGUUUCAGACAGCGGGCCGGUUGCCUGUCCGCACCCACCAUCAUUGGCUGGUUUUUUACUGCGAAAGCUGUUAUGAGAUCAGAGCAUGGGUCACAUGCGGCGCCGUAGUUGUCCGCCACCGCCGAUGUCGGUAACCACUUUCAAAAAAAAAGCUGUAAAUAAAAAACACCAAUGGCACAAUGGGAUUCGAACCCGGGUCCACUGCGUGCCAGCCAAGUAUUCUACCACUGAGUCACGCCAGUGCAUUGAACUUGUUUUUAAACUGGCUUUAGGCAGGCUUCAUGUCGGGAAAGGAAUCGCGUUAAUAUAAGUAAUAAAGCAUUUUAGAACAUGAAAUGAACAGCCAGGCAUCACACAAUGUGAAUUGCAUAACGAGUAGGUCAUUAAAUGCUCCAACCCAUUAGAAAACUUGCUCUUGAUCACCUGUUAACUGUGAUGCAUACCCACUUCAGGCGUAAUUCUUCCACAGCAUGAAACGUUGCACAAAAUAUCUAACAAGCGUGUAGCAGAUACCACGCUUCUCCAAAGAAUGACAAAGGAUAGCAUAGUAAAUGCUGGCCUACUACGCAAAAAUUAUUUUUAUGGCAUAGUGGGUACCCAGCAGUGUACUUGUAGCAGUUACCCAAAGAGUAUUUAGAAAAGACUCUGAAAGGUCGCUCUUCUAGCUUUCGCUGCAACUGUGCUGCGCGUUCCGCGAAAACCUGUUUCUUUUUUUUUUUUUUUCCAGAGUUGUAAACGAAAAGUCAUUCUAAUAAUCGGUAUUUUUAUGCAAAGAAUUGGACUAGUAGGUUGGUUCAGUGUGCUGUUUUUGUUUCUGAAUCAAGUUCAUUUGGCUCAAGGAAAGCAACACUACAUUAAAUGGCACCGCAUGCCAAGAACAUUACGUGGCGUCUAUUAAACACUAAUUUACUCCUAGUAGAGCAUUACCCCCCCCCCCCUUCCCCCUUCCUCUGUUGAAGGACCAGCUUUUUUGUUUGAGGAACCUCAUUCUUCUGACAUCGGCACGACGUCGGAAAGAUGAGGGUUCAGACGUCGUGCCUGGGGCCGCAUAAUACUGUCUUGCAGGCAGCAUGCGCACCUCUGUCGACAGGUUGCCGACCUCUGACCUAGUACUUGAGUGGACCUACUGCAAGUCGCGGAAGCAAUUUGAUGCUGCAUUUCGGUCAUCUGGACUGUGUCUCUCCUGCCUUCUUAGGUUAUAUCUGGCUGUAGUGUUGUUUUAGUGGUGUGCUUUGUACACUUUCUAAUGCACUUGGGCAGCCUUUAGUUGUUGGCUACAAGCAAGUGUCCAAUCGCUAUCAAGCUGCAUGUGCCAGUGUGUCCUAGCAUGCUGGUAUGCACAAUCCUGGUAGCACCUAAUGCAUGAACUAUGUGGGACUAUACGUGUCUCUUGAUAUGUAGCCAAGAGAUGACAAGUGCCUGUGCGUCUUUUUAUGUUAUGAUGCUUUGAACAAUAAAAUUUUAUAUAAUCUCUG